AUGCCACCAAAGGAGGUUUCUGAAGUUAUCUUUCACCUGAGAGACAUCAACCAAGCAAUGACCAAAGCUUGGGAAAAAGAAUUUGCUCCGUACUCUAAUACUGUUAAGGUAUACUUAAGUUUACAUUCUUUGAAAAAAAAUGCCAUAUUCUAAAAGAUGAUUAAUAUUAUUCAUUCAAAUAUUUCAUUUUUAAUUGGCUUAAAAUUCUUCAUAACCAGCUUGCGUUGACCAAAUUUGGAAAACGUUUGCAAUAUCUGGAAAAAUGUCAUCAAUAGUACAGGCUACUGCCAGAAAAAUGGAGUUCAACUGAGAAGCCUCGGGGAGAAGGCUGAGGGCAGGUAUUUUUCACAGGUCAUAUUCCACAGGUCAGAGUGCAGGUCACCGUGCUACAGAUACAGAACAGAAGUGCCUCCUAGCCCUAUUCCUUAUCCAAAAUGAUGUUUUUGAUCAAGGGGAAAUUACUUGGUUUACUUAACGAUCAAUAAAACAGUCAGUUGUAAAAUAAUGAAACCUGUCCAAGGUCGAGUGAUAGCUUGGUUGUUGUGGUGGAGUAGGAUUGCAGAAAAGGCAGAAAAUUUUGCCCAUUUUGCGAAGAAGAAAUAGCAGAACGUCUGCAUAAUGCAUCAGUCAAAUACAUUUUUUUUCCUUAGAUGGCAAAUUCCUGGGGGCUGGAAUACUUGAGCUGCCAAAUGCUCCACAGUGGGGACCAAAAAAGAGGACAAAUGCCCCGCCCUCAAUCCUCACUGCAGCAGUUUCCAUUGAUCGUACAGUUGAAUAGUGUCACUCAGUGGCGGGAUCCAAAGCGAGGACCCCCCUAUCAGACCUUUGAGACUGAAAUUCUUCCACCAACAGGAUCAUAUAUCACUUUUUAACUCUUACUGGCUGAUUUUUUAAUGAAACGCGCACUGCAUUUUAACUCUAAUCUUAAUUCCAGGGAUAUUCAAAACUGUAAUUUUAUUGUUUUUGGGUACCCUCCUAUGAUCUGUUCGCCUAUGCUCGCAAAGCAGUAUUUCCAGAGCCAACAGCAAGCGGCACUCACAGAUUGAGAAACACGUGGUUGUCUCUACUCUCUCAGCGACUUUUGGGAGGGGGUGUGGGGGAGAAGUAAUUUACCACAAAAAAGUUCAACAGUCCUUUCUGAAUCAAAGUUUGGACCCCCCCCCCCCCCAACCAAAAAUCCCUCAACACCCCCCCCCCCCCCCAACCUUUUUUAUUUUGAAUUUUUUUUUUUAAUAGUUUCUCAGCCAAAAAAGUACCAAAAAAAUAAAAUAAAAAGAUAAAAAAAUAUAUCGAGAUGACAAAAAUUAAUUAACAUAAAAAGGCCCCCCCCCCCCCCAAUCAAAAAUUCCUGAAUCCACCCCUGCCACCCUAAGCAUUUUUAAUGUGAAAUUUUUGUUAUGAAUAGUUCGCAGGCAAAAAAAGUGCCAUAAAAUUUAAAUCAGUGUAUAAAGCUAUCUACAGGUUCUAAAUAGUUUACUAAUAUGAAAGGAAGGAUCAUACAUGAUCAUAGAAGUAUUAAAAUCAUUACCCCUAAAUUUUAUCCAAAUAAAAAGAAAACGUCCGAUUCACAUCUGUCAAUAGCUUCCAUAGUUCUCUCUUGAAAAGCAAUGACAAAAUGUGUGCAUAAAAUCGAGAAAACAUGCAAAACAGGCUUCAGGUACAUUAGUACUCAAUUUUAUUUUAUAAUUCUUUCAGUUUCUUUAAAUUUUCUGGACAUCAGUUUCAGUUAAGUCAAGUAUACUCAGUUUGUUGUUCUUGUAUAAGUAUUAUUAAUAGAACUGGGUUGAAAUAUCACAUCAGUUGUGGAAAUAAAUUGAUUUAAGGAGCAACAUUUUUAUGACACGUUUAUCUUUAUGUUAACAUUAGGUGUCUUGUGGUGAUAUAUUCGAAGGAGCCCCUGCAGUGGAUGCCAUUGUGUCACCAGCAAACAGUUUUGGUUUCAUGGAUGGAGGUAUUGACAUGGUAGGAACAUUAAUUUGCAGAAACCUUGCUCCAUUGUCACAAAAUGUGGGGAAAUGUCCUGGAGGAGGGGUAGUACUCGACAAAUUUUUCUGAGGCUCCCCUUCAAGCUCUCUUUUUUAUAUCCUCUACUUACAAAAUGGUAACCCCUUUCACCUACCUACAGUCAAAACUCCAUUAACAGUCACCUCUCCACAAUCAGGCCACUUUCUUCUGUCUCCAAGGUGGCCAUUGUGGAGAGGUUUGAUUGUAGUUUGGAACAAAAAAUGAUCCCUUUUAACUGCUGUAAACAAUGCACCUGCUUUUUAAUAUAAAUAAGGAAGUUUUCUUGUCUCUUUCACAAUCAUAAAAUGCAUCUGACAGUUGGCCCUUUUUGGUCCCUUUAUUAUUAGGGGCUAUAUCUUGCUAUUUGCCAUAGAAAGCUAAAACAUGUCUUCACAUCAAUUAUUAAAUUCCAAAAAUUCUUUAUUGAGUUUUGUUAUUCCCAACUAUGUUUGGGCAUUGAAACUGUUUCCUGUCAUCUGCAGUUGCUGGCCAUUGAUGGCAAGGAUAAGACAUGGGUUGAAACUUGAAAAAAUUGGGGUCGCAUUUUUCAAGUUUUAAUGCAAAAGUUAGUGCAGCUAGGGCACCCUGAUAGCAUGUUUUUUAUAUCUUCUUCAUAACCCUAUAGAAGCAUUUUUCAUAUGGGUAAAGGCACUAAAGGGGGCGGGGGGGGGGGCAUAUUCAACAAAUGUUUAUACUGGGAGGCUCCGCCCCGAGGUCCAACCCCUUACCCUUUUAUAUACCAUUUUUCAAGAAAAAGGUACUGUCCCCUUUCGUAUACCUUGUAUUGACAAAUGGUACCCCUUUCACAUACCUUGUUUAGAACUUUACAUCCUUUUUAACUGUUGUAAAUGCACUGUCUUUUAAGUAGGAAUCAUUCACAAAAAUAAACCAUUUUCUCGACUUUAUAAAGCCAUAAAAUUCAUCUGUUAGCCCUUUUGGGCCCUUUCACAGACCCAAAUGACAGAUUUGCGUACCUUUUUAUAUAAUUCAACAAGUGAAAUACAUACCUUUUCAUAUACCUGAAGCCUAAAAAAGAUACCCCUUUCAGGAGGAGCCUCCCCGUAUAGGCCAUCAGAGGGAGUACCCCUCCCCCUGGGUAAUGACUUCAACACAGAAUUUACAGAACAGCUGCAAUAUAUCUUCAGGACAAGCCCCAUCAAUGCUGGCUUAAACAUGUCCUUUUUCUAACCUUGUCUUCAUUUUAUGUUAUUGAUUAAUUUUCUCAUAAUACUGUAGGUUUACAUCAAUCAUUUUGGUUGGCAAAUGCAGCACAGACUACAAGCAGUGAUAAGAGUGGACCAUGGUGGUGAAAUACCAGUGGGUCAAGCGGUAAUCAUAGAGACACUCCCUCCUGAUAACAGUGAUGAAAAUUUCAAAGAUCCACAAUUUAAUGAAGGGAAACUGAUAAAAUACCUAAUCAGCGCUCCAACCAUGAGAGUUCCAAUGGAUGUAAUUCAUAGCGUGAAUGCUUACUUAGCAUUCAGGGCUGUCAUAAGAGCUGGUUAGUAUUAACUCAAGAUGUGAUUCAGUACUUAUAGUAACUGUUCUAAAUAGUUUUUAGGCCUUAACAGUAGGAAACAAUAUUAUGUGACUCUAUAGUCUUACCAAUUUUUUUUUAUUGAGCUUAGUGCCAGUUAUUGUAUAAAGCUUACUACAUUUCUUGUGUAUUGUUUUUAUAGGCCAUAGACUCACCCAAUCUCGAUCAUAUUAACUGACUAGAUACCAUGCAUAAACAUGCAUAUUAUGUAAAACUCCAGCUAUUUUACACAUAUUAAUGCAUAAAAUUAUCUGGCAUAGUUUGCAUGGCUAACAGUAUAGUGCAUCAAAUAAUACACAUGUACAUGUAAAAUUCAGUAUUUAUUUUGAAGCAAAUUUCACAUGACCUUGUUAAUCCACAUGCUGACUAUCCAAACUGUUUGAGGCAUCGUGGUGUCACGCAUGACAUGUGAUGCCAUACAUUUUUACUGUAAUGCCCACUCUAGCUCUCAGCUUGAUUUGAGUGACCGGAAGAAAUGCUUCAUAAUAAAACACAGAAGUUUGCAUCUUUUGAUCUCUUAUGUGAAUGUAAGAAAAAUGAAUGAAUUAGAUACUUACAUUUCAACUCUUCAUUUUUGUGAUACCUUGAACAGUUCGGAUGGUGCACCCGACUGAGAGUGACAGCAAGACUAUCACAGUCUAGAUUGGUAGAAUGGUUUCAAUCUGGUUCAGGUUUUCUAGCGUUAUACUGCCAUAAUCUGAGAAAAACAAAAAUCAACACCAGUUGAAAUCAUUUGUAAACCUAAAAUCUCAUACCCAGAUCUCUCUUGACCAAGUGGACAGAGUGAGAUACAGGUGUAUGGGUAUUAGAUUUAACCUUCUCGAACUCAUUAAUAAUUCAUAAAGAAAAUUCAAAGGAAAUUAAUGUUUAAUGAGUGUUUGGAUAUCAGAUGAAAAACUGCUCAUUUUUGCAUCCUUAAUUUCUCCUUCAAAAAUGAUUUUGUUUGAAAAGAAAUAUCAAACAUUCGACACAGUAUUUAAUCACCAGAUGAAACACCUGGAAGUUCGUCAAAAAUACUCCGCUGCGCGUCGUAUUUUCAACUCUCUUCUUGGUGUUUCAUCUGGUGAUGAAACACUGCAUCUCAUGUUAGAAAAUGGUCUAAUAUUUUUUUCUGUUCCUACUAUGUUUCAGUUAAAGAUCACAACAGAACAGUGGAAAACCUAGAGGAUCAGAUCAACACUGUGCUUUGCCCUGGCCUAGGUACUGCAGUUGGUAGAAUGCCUACAAGGCGAGCUGCAUUCCAAAUGAGACAGGCCUUUGAAAUUUGUGCCUUGGGUAAAGAAAGUCCACUUACAAAUCCAGAUUGUCUUAGUGCAGUAUACAAUCAUCACGAAGCCAUGUUAUGUUAUUGA